UUUGGGGGGGAUAUGGUGGUGUACUGUACGGAGCAGAGGUGGGUCGAGGAACAGCUGAUUGCUUGAAUAUGGGGGAGGAGGGUUUGGGUAUAUGGAACAGGCUGAACUGAAGGAAGAAAACAAGCUCAGGAAAUAGUGGUGGCGAGAAGAGGAGCGGGCUAGUGCGGUAAAGGGGCGGUCCUACUGUACUCAAAUGAAGGGAUAUGUAUAUGUACCCAAUAUCUUGCUCACUGCUGAGUCAAACCAAAGCAGCAAGGAUACAGCUCGUGUCUGAAGACCAGAAAGGACAUUUUUAUUGAGGGUCGAUUUUGGGAUAGGAAGACACAGCCGUGUGGUUUUCAACCAGUUUUGUUUGUGAGUUUAAAAAAAGGAUGCUUUAGUCGGGUCUCUCGAGCUCUCGCCUGGAAACAAGGAAGCAGUGAACGCUAUUGUUUUGUGACAGGAGGUUUCUUUCGCAGUAUGUCACUGGAACACGCAAUUCUUGUUCACUAAAUGUACUAUUGAAUACGUGUAACUUGUUUGCUUAGACAUGUUUAAUAAGACGUCAAACAGUGAAAAUAUAUUAUAGCACAAUGAAAUCACAAAUGUGCUAGUCGCAUUACCGGUCAAACGAGAUAGAAAGCUAUCUCAUCUAAUGUUUUGUUGUGGUUGCCCGCAGCGCAAACUAGGCACAUGUUUUUAUUUUACAAAAUUCGUUAGUGCGCAAGCAGCGCACGAGUGCAACAUUAUAACAACAAAUACAUUGGUAUUCUGGACAACAGAAACAUGAUGAUGAUACAGAGCUAAAAACAAAGUUUACAUAAAGUGGUUGAAUUGCCAAACCAGUAUACAGCAACAAGUCAAAAUAACUUGUGUCCGAUCAUCUUCGACAACUUUGGGUGAGGUGUGUUGUGCUGUCUUACCAAAGCGCAAAUUGAGCCCCUGCUUUCCAAGCGCUCUUUAGCUGUCAACUGAGAGCGACCACAGGUACAGCUGCAGCAGCAAGUGUCAACGAGGACUGAACAACUCUUAUCAACAAAAUGACGGACGGACCAAGGCAACGAGGAUGUUCAGCGGCGUCUGGCGGGGAUGCUGGCUCCGAGUCCGGGAAAGAGUCCGGAGAAGGAGGGGUGGCUCUGAAGAAAGAGAUCGGUCUUGUGAGCGCGUGCGGAAUUAUUGUUGGUAAUAUCAUCGGCUCUGGGAUCUUUGUCAGCCCUAAGGGCGUGAUGGAGAAUGCUAGCUCAGUGGGUCUGGCGCUGAUCGUGUGGAUUGUCACCGGCAUAAUCACGGCCAUCGGAGCGCUGUGCUACGCCGAGCUGGGUGUCACCAUCCCCAAGUCAGGGGGAGACUAUUCAUACGUCAAGGACAUCUUCGGAGGACUGGCAGGGUUCCUGCGUCUGUGGAUCGCGGUGCUGGUGAUCUACCCCACCAACCAGGCAGUCAUCGCCCUCACCUUCUCCAACUACGUCCUACAGCCCCUCUUCCCAACCUGCUCCCCGGAGAACGGACUGCGCCUGCUGGCCGCCGUCUGCCUACUUUUGUUGACGUGGGUGAACUGCUCCAGUGUGCGAUGGGCCACCAGAGUCCAGGACAUCUUCACAGCUGGCAAGCUGCUGGCACUGGCUCUCAUCAUUAUCAUGGGCAUUGUGCAGAUCUGCAAGGGGGAGUACUAUUGGCUGGAGCCAGCCCAUGCCUUUGAGUCCUUCCAGGAGUACGACGUGGGGCUGAUAGCCCUGGCCUUCCUACAAGGCUCCUUCGCCUACGGAGGAUGGAACUUCCUCAACUACGUCACUGAGGAGCUGGUUGACCCCUAUGUGAAUCUUCCACGUGCCAUCUUCAUCUCCAUCCCCUUGGUGACGUUCGUGUACGUGUUUGCCAACAUCGCUUACGUCACCGCCAUGAGUCCUCAGGAGCUGCUGGCCUCCAACGCUGUUGCUGUAACGUUUGGUGAGAAGCUGCUAGGCGUGAUGUCAUGGAUCAUGCCCAUCUCUGUUGCUCUGUCCACCUUCGGAGGGGUCAACGGGUCCCUCUUCACCUCGUCACGGUUGUUCUUUGCUGGAGCCAGAGAGGGCCACCUCCCCAGUCUCCUGGCCAUGAUCCACGUGAAGCGUUGUACCCCCAUCCCUGCUCUGCUCUUCACUUGUCUGUCCACCCUGUUGAUGCUGUGCACCAGUGACAUGUACACCCUCAUUAACUACGUGGGCUUCAUCAACUACCUCUUCUACGGGGUCACUGUUGCCGGGCAGAUCGUGCUGCGCAUCAAGGCACCCGACAUGCACCGACCAAUCAGGAUCAGUCUGGUAUGGCCGGUCAUCUACCUAUUGUUCUGGGCCUUCCUGCUCAUCUUCUCCCUGUACUCUGAGCCCAUUGUGUGUGGCCUCGGCAUGGCUAUCAUGCUGACUGGAGUGCCGGUCUACUUCCUGGGUGUCUACUGGGACAACAAGCCUGAAUGCUUCAACAGCUUCGUUGCCAAGAUGACCUACCUGGGCCAGAAGUUCUGUGUGGUGGUGUAUCCAGGGGAAACAAAGGGAGCAGGGAACGGGGAGGAGGGCGAGGAGCUGAAGGAGUCCCAGGCUCCUCUCUCGCAAGACGAUGGGGAGACACGAAAGUCUGCAGACUGCUAAACACACACCUUUACUAGCCCCCCCCACACCACCACCACCCACCAACUCCUCAACACACACACACACACACACACACAGACACACACACACACAAACUCAGAGAAACACACUCUCAUUGAGGUAGAGUCAGAGUUUCAGGUAUAUCACUAUGGCAGAGAGGAGUUAACACUCAUAGACUCGGAAAUACUCUUAGUGACACACACUGUUUUUAUGUGUUCACCCAUCUGAUUGUAUCUUUGUUUCAAUCACCAAUGUUGUGCCAAAUAGAGGAGAGGAGGAGGAGACCUAUAUAGACCUAUAUCCGGUCAUUACAUUUCAGUGUGCCACCUUUCAACGCUGCUUAUUGCAUAUCCAACCUGACAUCCUCACAGAUACACACUCAUCUUUUCAUCCUCUAAUCCUUUCAUUUACCCCCUUAACUACUCUUUUUUUUCAUCCUCCUCAUCUUCCUCCACACACUCCCUGAACACUCCAUGAGUGAGAGAGCGCUGGCCAUUUUAAAGUACUCGUACUGUACUGUGGCAGAUUCAUCAUCAGCAUUGCUUUUGUGUUUUGUUUCUUUUUUGCCACCUUUGGAAUAGAAUUUGCCUUGUCUUACUGAAAACACACCAAAGCUGUAUUCCUUUAUCAAAACCAUCAAAUUCAGAUACCAUUCUUUGAAUGUUCUGUUUCAAAUACACUAAAUACUGUCUUUGAUUCCAAAAUAUUUUUUUUAUAAUCGUUGUAAUUGUUUAUCUCACGUGUCAUUGUUAUUAUAUUCGUUUUUUUAUGUUCUAUAUCAAUAACUUUUGGGUCUUCUUUUUCUUUUCUUUUUUGCAACAGCGAAGGUAUACUUUUAAGAGCCUAUGAGGGAUCUGGUUCGGUGCCUUAGGUAGUGGUAUGUAAUUGUUAUCAUUGACAGGUUAUUUUAUCCAGAGAUUUUUAAAGAGAUUUUUUUUUUUUUUUUAAUCAUGUUGAUGAAAAAAACAAAGAAAUGGCCAUUUUGAAUAUUCCA